CACACACAACAGCAGUGCACUGCCACUGCCCAAAGCACGUGUACGUUGUAUAUCUACAAAGCCCCGCCAAAGUCAAUCUUCUGUACAGUUUUUGUUGUCGAUUGAUCCCACUACGCUGGCUUGAAUUAUAUCAUCAUCAAGUCAAGAUCAAGGUUGAGUUGCUGGAGCUGGAGUGUAUGGUGUGACUUGUGAGGUUCGUCCAUCAUGGCUCUACAAUCGACUCAUCAACUUUCUUUGGAUUCAAGUCAAGAACAAGGAUUUAUCUCCUUUUUACGUUCAAUGCCGGAGAAACCAGAAACAACAUUCAGAGUAUUUGACAGAACGGAUUACUACACAGUACAUGGCCAGGAUGCAGUGUUUGCUGCUAAAGAAGUCUUCAAGACUUUGGGUGUUAUUAAACAUUUGGGCUCAGGCCCAAACAAGAUUGAAUCAGUGGUGCUCAGUAAACUGAAUUUUGAAUCAGUUGUGAGAGACCUGCUUCUAGUCAGACAGUACCGAAUAGAGGUGUAUAGUAACCAGGCAACGGGCAAAGGCAACAGUUGGACACUAGCAUACAAGGCAUCUCCUGGGAACCUAAGCCAGUUUGAAGAGAUUCUCUUCGGCAACAAUGACAUGUCCAGCUCGGCUUCGGUCAUUGCGGUCAAGGUGGCCGGAGAGAGCGGACAGAGGAUCGUCGGGGUGGGGUACGCCGAUGCGACGUUGAGGGAGCUUGGAGUGUCGGAGUUUGCGGAUAAUGACCAGUUUUCAAACCUUGAGGCACUCAUUGUACAGCUUGGCCCAAAAGAAUGUCUGCUGUGCUCUGGUGGUGACCCUAACAAUCCUGAAUUUGCAAAGCUGAAGCACGUGGUCCAGCGUGGCGGGUUGCUCAUCACCGAUCGUAAGAAGGCAGACUUCAAUUCCAAGGAUAUCGUUCAGGAUUUGAAUCGUCUUCUGAAGGUCGGCAGGAAUGUGGAACAAGUCAACAGUAAAGCCCUCCCUGAGAUGGAUAAAACAAAUGCCAUGGGAUCAGUGUCAGCUCUUAUCAAGUAUAUGGAGCUCCUGGGAGAUGAGACUAACUUUGGACAAUUCAAGCUGAUGACCUUUGACCUGAGUCAGUAUAUGAAGUUGGAUGCUGCUGCUGUUACAGCUCUUAACCUCGCAUCAACAGGUCCAGAGAGGGACGUGAACCGAGGAAUGAGUCUGACGAAGCUUCUCAACAAAUGUAAAACAGCUCAGGGUCAAAGGUUACUAGGACAAUGGAUCAAACAGCCUCUGCUUGACAAAAAUAGAAUCGAGGAAAGGCUCGACCUUGUUGAGACAUUCUUCAACGACCUGGAGCUACGACAGACGUUGCAAGAAGAACCCCUAAGGAGGAUCCCAGACUUCCAACGCUUGUCCAAGAAGUUCCAACACAAGAGGGCGACAUUACAGGACUGCUACAAGGUUUAUCAAGCUGUUGAUUACCUCCCGAACCUGAUUGAGAUCAUCGAGAAACACAAAGGAAGCAAGGCAUCUGAUGAGGAAGUAUUCACCAAUCCAUUGAAGGAGAUUCUGAUGGACUUUUCAAAGUUCCAGGAGAUGGUUGAAUCAACCCUUGAUCUUGAACAGGUUGAGAAUCAUGAAUUCCUCAUCAAGCCAGACUUUGAUGAAAACUUGAUGGUCCUCAGAACCAAAAUGGAUGAACUCGAGGAUGAGAUCAAAGGUCAGAUUAACAGGGUUGCCAAGGAUCUUGGUUUAGAAGCCAACAAAACCGUCAAACUGGAGUCUAAUAACCAACUUGGCUACUUCUUCAGAGUCACACGCAAGGAGGAGAAAGCCCUAAGAAACAGCAACAAGUAUUCUACCAUAGACACCAACAAAAAUGGUGUUCGCUUCACCAACGCCAAACUAAAAGGUUUGAACGAGGAGCACAUGGCCGCCAAGGAAGAAUACAAUGAGACUCAAAAAGCUGUAGUGGAAGAAAUCAUAGGCAUAGCGUCUGGAUAUGUUGAGCCUAUGCUAAGUAUGAAUGACAUCACUGCACAACUGGAUGUACUUGUCAGCUUUGCACACGUAUCUGCCGGUGCUCCCAUCUCCUACGUCCGACCUACGCUUCAUGACCAGGGGACGGGCGUCCUUCGCCUUGCUCAGUCGAGACAUCCUUGUCUAGAAAUGCUCGAUGACGUUGCCUUCAUACCCAAUGAUGUGACCUUUGAGAAGGACAAGCAGAUGUUCCACAUCAUCACCGGGCCGAACAUGGGCGGCAAAUCUACCUUCAUUAGACAGGUUGGUAUGGUAGUUUUGAUGGCCCAGAUCGGUUGCUUCGUUCCCUGUGAGAAGGCAGAGGUAUCCAUCGUUGACUGUAUCCUGGCCAGGGUAGGAGCAGGAGAUUGCACUCUUAAAGGAGUCUCAACGUUCAUGGCUGAGAUGCUGGAGACUGCAUCCAUCCUCAGAUCUGCUACAAGCAACUCAUUGAUCAUCAUUGAUGAGCUCGGACGUGGGACCUCUACCUAUGAUGGAUUUGGACUGGCAUGGGCCAUUUCAGAGUAUAUUGCCACUAAUAAUUGUGGUAUGUGUCUGUUUGCAACCCACUUCCAUGAGUUGACUGCCCUCGCUGACGCUGUUCCUACGGUCAAUAACCUUCAUGUUACUGCUCUGACAUCACACGAUCAGUUGACUCUUCUUUAUAAAGUCAAACCUGGUGUUUGCGAUCAGAGUUUUGGUAUCCAUGUCGCCGAGCUUGCCCACUUUCCUCAGAAAGUCAUAGACUUUGCCAAACAGAGGGCUGCAGAGCUAGAAGACUUCCAGAGUAUCGCAUCAUCCGUCUCAACCAGUAUGGAAGGCUUGGAUGAACCCGCGGCCAAGAAGCGCAGACUAGAUAAGCAGGAAGGGGAAGCCAUAAUACAGGAUUUCAUGUCAAAGGUCAAGGCCCUUCCACUAGAUCAGCUCUCUGAAGAUGAAGUCAAGAGCCGGAUACAGUCCCUCAAGGCAGACGUACAGGCAAAGAAAAACUCCUACAUUGAAGAGUUGCUGUCCAGAGGAACCUAGGUACCACUAGGACACCCCUGGCCAGAGGUACUGGCAAAAGAACACAUAUGUACAUUAAAGAAUUGCUUUCCAUGAAUGCAUAGGUACAAGCAAAGAGAAAUACCAACAUUGAAAAACUGCUUUCCAUGAAGGCAGAGGUACAAGCAAAGAAGAACUGCUUUUCAGAGGAACCUAUGUAGAUACCACCACGAUGUCUCUAGAUAGAUUCAAGCAAAGAGAAAUGCCUUCAUUGAAGAAUUGUAACAGUUUUCCGGGGGGAACUUAGGUACCUUUACAAUCCUUCAAGGCAGAGGUAAAGCGAAAAGAAAUGCCUACAUUGAAGAACCUGUUUCCACAAUAACCCUACACAGGUUCCAGCAAAAGAUAAAUACCUACCUUGAAAAAUUGUUUUCCAGGAGAACCUAGUUUCCACUACACCCCUUAGCCAGAGGUAAAAUUUAAGAAAAAUACUUUGAAAAAUUGCUUUCCAUGAAGGCAGAGAUAAAAGCAAAGAGAAUUGCCUACAUUGAAGAACCUGUUUCCAGAGGAACUUCAAUGGAGGCAUUUCUCCUUACUUGUACCUCUGGCUCAGGGUAGUUGUAGUGGAAUCUAAGUUCCUCUGGAAACAGAGAUAAAAGCAAAGAGAACUGCCUACAUUGAAGAACCUAUUUCGGGAGUAACUUAGAUGCCACUUCAAAUACCCCGAGCCAGAGGUACAAGUAAGGAGAAAUGCCUCCAUUGAAGAAUAGCUCUCCAGAGGAAUCUGUAUACCACUACGAUCCCUCAAGGUAGAUGUACAAGCGAUAAGCAAUGCUUACAUUUGAGAAUGUUCUCUAGGUGAACAAAGGCACUAAAUAGCAUCUGACUCCCUUGUCGACCAAAUGCAAAUCAAUAUCUUGCUAAAGGUUUUCAGUGCUGAGUUAAAGUGGACUGAUCCUCCGUGGAGCAUUUCGUCAACAUUUUUCAUUCAACAGACAAGUUGUUGUCCGAUCUGACAACUUGCCUUGAUCAUUAUUUCCGCCGACAAUUACUGUUACAAUGGUAAUUGUCGGGUAAAACGGGACUGGUUGGAUAAACAUGUGGCUAGUCCUUCCAUGAAACGCUUCCCUGGAUCUCAUUUAUAGUCUAGAGACUUAUGCAUCAGACCUAGACACCUUUAUGCAAGUUUGUCCAACUUUACUGGCAGUAUGUUAAAUUACUCCUCAUUCAUCACAAAUAUUUGGCAGCACCUUCUGCGGGUAUGGAGGUAUGUCUUCAGGGUCUGUAUCACAAAGCUUAGCUAUUGAUCUGCUGCAGAUUUUUAAACUUGAUUGCUCAUAAUUAUCAUCAUUGCAAUUAAUCGUAAUCAAACUAAGCUUUCUGUAAUCAGGUCCAGAUCAUCAUCCAUAGACCUAUUACUGUGUUGAUAUGUGAUGUUCUUUCUGU